AAGGUGAGCGAGAAUCGAACCCAUAGUUCAGGAGCGUACAAGUCCUUUACCUCCCAGCCUUCUUUAAGUAAAGACCAUCAUGGAUUAUAUACAAUAAUCCUGUUAAGAAGCAAAUGGUUGGAGAUACAAUUUUCCACUUAAUUAAUUAGAGCUGCACUCUUCCUUAAUCAAACUGUCCAUUUCAUAAUAAACCAGAGCAAGACUAACCAAAUUAUGGGCUCCCAAACAUUAAUGUCCAAGCUCUUCAUUGUAGAUUUCACCGAGCUAAACCCUACUGCGGCUUCUUGGACCUCUACAUGUCAAGAUAUUAGGCAAUCUCUGGAGAAUCAUGGAUGUUUUAUCGCAUUGAGUGACAAGGUUUCAUCUGAGCUCGACAAAGCAAUCUUUUGUGCAGCAGAUGAGCUGUUUGACCUUCCUGUUGGUACUAAAAUGCAGAACAUGAAUGACAAGCCGUAUCAUGGCUAUGUCGGGCAAAUCCCAUUUGUUCCUCUUCAUGAAGGAUUAGGGAUUGAUUAUUCGACAACUGAAGAAGGUGUUACAAAUUUCACUACUCUGAUGUGGCCAAAAGGAAAUGAUUCCUUCCGUGAAAGUUCAUUGGCGUUUUCAAAGGCAGUGGCGGAAAUUGAUAGAAUGGUAAUAAGAAUGUUGUUCGAAAGCUAUGGUGUCGAAAAGUAUGCAGAGUCUCAUGUUGAAUCAACAACUUACCUUCUUAGGUACUUGAAAUAUAGAGCUCCGGAGGUGAAUGAGACUACUAUGGCUUUCCCCUCUCACACAGACAAGAGUUUCUUAACCAUACUUCAUCAGAAUCAAGUCUCGGGUUUAGAAAUUCAAACCAGAGAUGGCAAUUGGAUUUCUGUUGAGUUCCCUCCCUCUGCCUUUGUUGUCAUGGCUGGUGAUGCAUGCAAGGCCUGGAGUAACAACCAAGUACUGUCUCCGAAUCAUAAAGUGACCAUGAGCCUGAGCGGAAACAAAACACGGUACAAUGUUGCACUGUUUUCAUUUCUCAACGACAUGAAAUUGGUGGAAGUGCCAGAAGAGUUUGUGGAUGAAGAACAUGCCUUGCAGUUCAAGCCCUUUGUGCAUGUUGAUUUGCUCAAGUUCUACGACACUGAUCAUGGCCGUCGAUCGCAAAACAUUCUCAAGGACUUUUGUGGUGUGUGAUGAAAUUCUCAAUGCUGGUUAUGAGAUAUGAUUAAGAUCCAUGAAGGCUCAGCACAAUCUGAAGUUCUGUCUAUAUUUAAGUUAUUGUUUUUGUUUUUGUGUGGGAAGUGGGGGUUUGUAAUUGUUGUGGAAUGCGCAAUUGCUAAUAAGAUGCAUUCUUAAUAUUCAGAUGCAGGGGAUAAGUUGUAUUGGUUUGUGAUUGUAUUGUAAUUGUGAAUGAUUGUAAAAUGUUUGAGUUUAUUAUUAAUAAUCGAGAUAACUGAAGUUUGUAAAUUUUAA